CGUUUGGCUCCUGUCCGAUUUCGUCAAGAUCAGUCUUCUCUCUCUGUCCUGUUCACUGUCCGAGGGAUUUUACCCGAUAGCUUCGUGCUCCAUUGGUCUUCUGUACCGUUGUCUUCCCCAACAACUGUAGAUCCCUUAUCUGGCGAAGAAAAUUCGUUGCUGGACCUUGGUGCACCUAAUGAAACUUUGUUACUUCUGUUCAACUUCUCCAGUCGCGGAAGUGGGGGCUGCACGAUGGACUGGGGUGUGGUUCUGCGUUGUCCGUCAGCCCGAGUAAAAGAUGCAGAUUUAGGUCACGAAAAUAUCCGUAUCACCUCGCUGGAUCAAGACGCUACUAUUAAAUCACGCACAUCAGAAGAGAGUUUCGACUCCACACUCACUAUCCAACCUCCGCAUUCCAUUCCCCCACGGGUGAUCAGCACAGCAUUUAGUCCUAUAAAUGCCGUGGUUGUUCUAGAAAAGCCUCCCUGUGCAGCAACUGAGUGCAGUGCAACAAACAUUCAACGAAAAUUUGACGCUUGUUGGUGGACUUCCGUCGCUACUGGUCGCACUUUAAUAGCUGGAAUGCAGGUCAGUUUUCCUAAAUAA